GGGUUGAACCAAGUUAUCAACUUCCCCAAAUUUAUUUUCUUGGACUCAAACUUUUUAACAUUUUCUCUCUCCUAAUAUUUUUCCCAAAUCUUCAAAAUCUGCAUUUUUCAACUUAUACAAAUUUCAGAUUAUUCUGGGAAAUUAUUAAACAAGGUAACCAUUUUGCUCUUGCUCUAGUGUAAGAAAUAACAUAUCAUAUUCUCUAUUUCUCACUGAACUUCUAGUUUCAAACAAAAGGCUAUUAGUCUUUAUCUUCCCUGUAUUAUCUUUUAUAAGGUCAGAUAGUACAAUACUAGAUGCAAACAUCUCAGCAUAACUGCGCUACGAGUGGAGUACAUGGAUUCCUUUACCAGCAUGCCCCUGAUAUAACACCUUAUUGCUCAUCCCAUUAUCAAGUGUUCGACAAUAACAUGUACCCUAAUAACCCUACUCAGGGAAACCAGAUAUCUUUCCAAAACUUCAAUGAAGAGUAUAUCACAUUAGACUCUGGUCAAAAUGCUGGCCUUUAUAACAUCUAUGACUCACCAUCUGGUGUGAGCACCUCAUCGAACAGAAGCCAGUUUUCUCCACAAGGUUCUCAGUCAUACAUCUCAGACCCUCCUCAAUCAUCCGAUAACACUUAUGGUUCCCCAAUGAGUAACUCCUCUGUGGUGGAUGACAAUACUGAACUAAGGAACCAGCUUAGAGAACUGGAGCGCUCUCUGAUGGGGCCUGAUUCUCCUCGCUCGGCAGAUGGACACUAUUGCUCUUUGAGUCACGGGGGUAAUCAUGGAUCCUCAUCAAACCAACUGAUGGAGAUGCUCCCUAAGAUGGAUCUCAAACAGGUACUGUAUUUAUGUGCACAAGCUGUCUCAGAGAAGGAUGUGUCAACUGCAGAAACCUUGAUGGAUGCUUUAGGGAAAAUGGUGUCAGUAUGUGGCACACCAAUGCAACGUUUGGCUGCAUACAUGCUUGAAGGGCUGAGAGCAAGGCUGGAAUCCUCGGGUUAUACUAUCUACAAGAAGCUAAGGUGUGAGCAACCAACAAGUUCUGAGCUUCUCACCUAUAUGCACAUUUUGUAUCAGGUUUGCCCUUAUUUUAAAUUUGCAUACAUGUCCUCGAAUCUCAUCAUCCAAGAAGCUGUGGGGCACGAGCGGAGUAUCCACAUCAUUGAUUUCCAAAUUGGGAUGGGGACACAGUGGAUAUCGUUAAUCCAGUCUCUUGGUAACCGGCCUGGUGGGCCCCCACUUGUUCGUAUCACUGGAGUCGAUGACUCCCAAUCAGCUUAUGCCCGGGGAGCAGGGCUGGAACUUGUAGAAAAGAGACUUCUGAUGGAGGCUAAAAAAUGCAACGUGCCCUUUGAAUUCCAUGCGGCAGCAAUGUCAGGUUGCCAAGUAAAAAGGGAGAAUCUAAGCAUUCGCCCUGGGGAGGCGUUGACAGUGAAUUUUCCCUACAUGCUACACCACAUGCCAGAUGAGAGUGUGAGCACUGCAAACCAUCGCGACCGCUUGUUGAGGCUAGUUAAGGAAUUGUCACCCCGAAUAGUCACUGUAGUCGAGCAAGAGUCAAACACAAACACUUCUCCCUUCCUCAAUCGAUUUGCUGAGACUUUGGAUUACUACACGGCAAUGUACGAGUCAGUAGAUGUGGCUCUUGCUAGGGAUGACAAGAAGAGGAUAAAUGCAGAGAUGCAUUGUCUUGCACGUGAUAUUGUUAACAUGAUAGCUUGCGAGGACGCAGAAAGGGUAGAAAGGCAUGAGCCUUUUGGCAAAUGGAGGGCAAGGUUGAGCAUGGCAGGUUUUACUCAAUUGCCCUUGAGUUACACAGUGAUUGAUGGAGUCAGGGGUUUGCUGAAGGAGUUCCAUGGUAAUUAUAGGUUGCAAGAGUGGCAUGGAGCACUAUUUCUGGGUUGGAAGAACCGCAUUUUGUCAUCCUCUUCUGCAUGGAGGUGAGGAAUACUAAUGCCGAAUCACUUGAUCAAACAAAUGGCUUGGAGGUCUUGUAAAGUUCCGUUCUCUCCAUGUCCUGCUCAAAAUUUUGCUACAUUCGUGGGAAUUGGAAUAAGAGUUCUGGUGCCUACUUGCAGUUUAUCAGUAGGGUAACAAUUAACAGCUUUGGUUUUGUUUGUGCAGCACCAGUAUGUGAUUUACUGAAAACAUGUUAGAUAAACAAUUGGGGUUGGGGCCAUAGUUUCAUUUUCCAUUCAUAGUUGAAGUUUAGUUUUGUAGAAAUUAAUGCUACGACUAGUAGUUGUAUAAUGUGUGGCUAUUGAAAUCUAUGGGUACAUCUUUGGUUGCACCUUGUAUUUUCAGCUGAAUAUAAUGGAGUUCAACACAAACAAAACAAGCUUUUAUAA